UCUUGUUUCUGCUGCAAGCUGAGAUGAACCAGAAAAGGAUGCAGAAACUGAGAGAAAACGCGGAUUUUUAGUCUAUUUUUAAAACUAAAAACGCAUUUUAUAGGUAUUUAAAGAGUCAGAGAAAGCUGGGAACAUGAUUAUAGUUUCAUACUUGUCGUUUUUCUGCAUGAUUUUGUCGGUGGGAGCAGCUAAGAGUGCAGGAGACGAUGACUGGGUUCAUCUUCCCAACAAAUGUGAAGUGUGUAAGUUCGUGAGCAUCGAGAUGAAGUCGGCCUUCGAUGAGACGGGGAAGACGAAGGAAGUCAUCGGGAGGAACUACCGCUUCAUCGACGGCAAGGGGGCGCCGCCAAUCAAAUACGCCAAAUC